GUGUCCUUGGCCCCCGGCUCCCGGCCGGGCCGGUGGCGAUGAAUUCGGCGGAGCAGACGGUGACGUGGCUGAUCGCCCUGGGGGUCCUGGACUCGCCCAAGAAGAGCAUCACGGACCCGGAGGGCUUCCUGCAGGCCUCGCUCAGGGACGGAGUGGUCCUCUGCAGGCUCCUCGACCGCCUGCUCCCGGGAACCAUCGACAAAGUGUACGCGGAGCCCCGGAGCGACAGCGAGUGCCUCAGCAACAUCCGACAGUUCCUCACCGCCUGCGGAGCCUCCCUCCGCCUCCAGACUUUUGAUGCAAAUGAUUUAUAUCAGGGCCAGAACUUUAACAAAGUCCUCAGCUCUCUAGUCACGCUCAAUAAAGUAACAGCAGACAUCGGGCUGGGAAGCGACUCCGUAUGUACUCGGCCCUCGUCUCAUCGAACCAAGUCGUUUGACUCCCUCGGAUCCCAGUCUUUGCUCAGUCGGAGUUCAAAAGUGUUCCAGGGCCAGUAUCGAAGCUUGGACAUGACGGAUAACAGCAACCAUCAACUGGUAGUGAGGGCAAAAUUUAAUUUCCAACAAACCAAUGAAGAUGAACUUUCAUUUGCAAAAGGAGAUAUCAUCCAUGUCACAAGAGUGGAGGAAGGGGGCUGGUGGGAGGGCACUCACAACGGUAAAACAGGCUGGUUCCCUAGCAACUACGUGCGAGAAAUCAAAUCAAAUGAGAAACCUGUGUCCCCCAAAUCAGGAUCACUGAAGAGUCCUCCCAAAGGGUUUGAUACAUCUGCCAUUAACAAAAGCUAUUACAAUGUGGUGCUACAGAAUAUUUUAGAAACGGAAAAUGAAUAUGCUAAAGAACUACAAACUAUUCUUUCAACCUAUUUACGACCAUUACAGACCAGUGAAAAGUUAAGUGCAACAAAUACUUUAUAUUUAAUGGGAAAUCUAGAGGAGAUACGUUCUUUCCAGCAAAUGCUUUUGCAGUCCUUAGAAGAAUGCACCAAGCUUCCUGAAGCUCAGCAGAGGGUUGGAGGCUGUUUUCUCAACCUGAUGCCGCAGAUGAAGAGCUUGUAUCUUGCAUACUGUGCUAACCACCCUUCCGCGGUAAACGUGCUCACGGAACACAGUGAGGAGCUGGGAGAGUUCAUGGAGGGGAAAGGAGCUAACAGCCCCGGGAUACUCGUAUUGACAUCAGGCCUCAGCAAACCUUUCAUGCGCCUGGAUAAAUACCCCACCUUACUCAAAGAACUUGAGCGACACAUGGAGGAUUAUCACCCAGAUCGACAGGACAUUCAGAAAUCCAUGACAGCCUUCAAAAACCUCUCGGGACAGUGUCAAGAAGUCCGGAAAAGGAAAGAACUUGAACUCCAAAUACUGACAGAAGCCAUUCGCUGCUGGGAAGGAGAUGAUAUCAAAACCCUGGGCAAUGUAAUAUACAUGUCCCAGGUUAUGAUUCAGUGUGCAGGAAAUGAGGAAAAGAAUGAAAGAUAUCUUCUACUCUUCCCUAAUAUUUUGCUCAUGCUGUCUGCCAGCCCGAGAAUGAGUGGCUUUAUCUAUCAGGGAAAAUUGCCAAUGACGGGGACGACAAUCACGAAGCUCGAAGACAGCGAAAGUCACAAGAACGCAUUUGAAAUAGCGGGAAGCAUGAUCGAGCGGAUAUUAGUAUCCUGCAACAACCAGCAGGAUCUGCACGAAUGGGUAGAUCAUCUCCAGAGGCAAACAAAAGUCACAUCUGUCGGAAACCCCACUAUUAAACCUCAUUCCGUGCCCUCUCACACACUUCCUUCCCACCCAAUCACCCCAUCCAGCAAACAUUCAGACAGCAAGCAAAUGCCGCUGACUCCUGCCUAUCACACACUCCCGCACCUCUCGCACCAUGGGACUCCACACACCACAAUAAAUUGGGGACCCCUGGAGCCUCCUAAAACGCCCAAACCGUGGAGCCUGAGCUGCUUGAGACCUGCACCUCCGCUACGGCCUUCCGCUGCUCUCUGUUACAAAGAGGAUCUCAGCAAAAGUCCGAAGACCAUGAAAAAAUUGCUGCCAAAGCGCAAACCUGAAAGGAAACCUUCCGAUGAAGAGUUUGCGUUGAGGAAAAGUACAGCCGCCCUGGAGGAAGAUGCUCAGAUUCUCAAAGUCAUCGAAGCAUACUGCACAAGUGCCAAAACACGCCAAACCCUCAACUCAACAUGGCAAGGCACUGACCUGAUGCAUAAUCACGUCUUGGCUGAUGAUGACCAGUCGAGUCUAGAUUCCUUGGGUCGUCGCAGUAGCCUUUCUCGUUUGGAGCCUUCAGACUUCUCGGAAGACUCUGACUAUGACAGUAUAUGGACAGCCCAUAGUUACAGAAUGGGUUCUACAUCUCGUUCCCGGAAAGAAUCUGCUCCCCAAGUCCUGCUUCCGGAGGAGGAGAAGAUAAUCGUAGAAGAAACGAAAAGUAACGGUCAGACUGUGAUAGAGGAAAAGAGCCUUGUGGAUACGGUAUAUGCAUUAAAAGAUGAAGUCCAGGAAUUAAGACAGGAUAACAAAAAGAUGAAGAAAUCAUUAGAAGAAGAGCAGAGGGCCCGCAAGGAGUUGGAGAAGCUCGUGCGGAAAGUUUUGAAGAGCAUGAACGACCCCGCUUGGGACGAAACCAAUUUGUAACGAACUUCUCGUCUGCCUCUUUCCAACAAAAGGCCGGUUUUGCGACCCCCCUUCCCCACCCCUCCCCACAACACAGACUUGGGGGUUCAUCAGGAAAUCUGCAGGACAGGAUUUCACCUCAUCUAGGGCUCUCCUGGCUCGUCCCGAGCCUAGGGGCGAUCAGAUUGUUCCCCGACACCGUCUGGACGUGACGGAGACGGGCCCCGGGAUUCUCCUUCAAAUCAAACGUAAUUUGUCGGUGUCUAAAUUACCUCAUUUUGUGGAAAGUGCAGUGACGGACUGAAAGUCCUUGUUUUUCAGUGGAUUUUAAUUGAACAUAUAUAAAUAUAUAUAUAUAAACAUAUAUAUAUUUGUAAAUAUCCCCAUGUUUGAAUGCGUACUUGGUUGCUAUACCUAGGUGGAUAGAAUGCUCUGAUUUCCUUUCCUCUUAUCCUCACGCGCGCACCAGUUAGGUAUCGUCCUCAGGCACUCGAGGUAAUAAAGAACGAAAAUCCCCUAGAUGUCAUUAGAUGAUUGGUUCCAAGCCACCCCUACUCACACCACAACAAAAUGCUAUAACAAUAUUUCCUAUUCUGGUGUAAUUAAAUAAUUUUACCUUAUUUA